AUGGCAGAGCGGGAGAUGCGGACGGUGGUGGAGUCGGUGCGGACGAUGCUGCUGCACAUGGGCGUGCAGCACCACUGGUGGCACCUCGCACUGCGACAGGUCGUACGGGUCUGCAACUGUCUUGAAAGGUCGAAGCUGCCCCCAGGGACGACGCCGUACCAGCUGCUGACCGGGAAGAAGCCCGACUUGUCGCUGGCACGGGUGUGGGGCUGCAUGGCGCAGUUUCUGAUCCUCGAGCGGCAACGCGGUGGGAAGCUGAAGCCAAAGGCCAGGUGGGGCCUUCACCUCGGCGUGUCGGAGGAGAGCAAAGGCUGGGAGCUCCUCGACAUCGCCGACAACCGGGUGGUCACCACGUCGGACGUGGUGUUCUACGAAACCAUGUCGCUGGAGGUGUGGAGGUUGGAGCAUGGGCCAGCGUCGGGGCGGAUGCAGGUCCACCCGCCGACGGACACCUCGACAGCGGCGCUCCCUCUGCUUGCCGAGGUCGGUGAGAUUGCUGCUGAGGAUGCCGCUGUUGCUCGCCCUCCCUCUCCUUCCCCUGUUCCUCCCCUCGUCGCCGACCUGCAUGUGCUGACCUCGGUGUCGGCCUCCGGCGAUAAGGGGAGUUGUGGGGCAUUGCCUAUGGCGCCGGCCAAGAGCAUCGCCGGUGGCCGAUGUGAUGUCCCGCAAGUCGGCGUGGGGGUGAAGCCGACGCACACAGGGGAGAGUCCGGUCAAGAAGCCAGCAGGGGAGCAGGCAGCAGUGAAGCCGACCAAGGCGCAGUCGGCGACAAGGCAGUCGGCAGGGGAGCCGACCGCACGGGAGAAGUCAGCAGGGACACCAACCGAGGUGCAGCAGGACACUGAGGGCAGUAAAGCCGACGAUGACGAAGGGGAGCAUUCGGGAGCCGAGAAGUCCACCGACAGUUAUGUGGUGGAGGUCCAGACCGGGCCACGGCGUAUAGCCUUAUCGCCAAAGAUGGGCACGUGGGAGCUGGUCGAACGCCCACCGGGGGUCAACAUCAUGAAGAACCGGUGGGUGCUGACAACGAAGUACCACAUCGACGACACCGUCGAGCGCGAGAAAGCGAGGCUGGUCGUGAAGGGCUUCACACAGGUGUAUGGCGCCGACUACGACGAGACGUACGCGCCGGUGAGCAGCUACGUCACGCUGAGGAUCUUUCUCAGCAUCGUUGCCGUCCUCGACCUCAACCUGAUGCAGCUCGACAUGAAGAACGCUUUCCUGCAGAGUAAGCUCGAUCGGGUGCUGUAUAUGUACCAGCCAGACUACUUAAACAACGGUACCGGCCGGGUGUGCAAGCUGCUGAAGAGCCUUUACGGGCUGAAGCAGUCGCCGCUGUUGUGGUACAAGGCGCUCAACGACGUGCUGGUCGGCGCUGGGUGGAAGAAGAGCCAGGUCGACGAGGCCCUAUACUUCAAGGUCGGCGGGGAUGGCGUGGCCUGCUGGGUGCUGGUCUACGUCGACGACCUGCUCGCCGCCAGCAGCAGCACCACGAUGCUGAAGGAGCUGAAGGAGCUGCUGGAGGCCACCUUCGAGCUGCGCGAGAUCGAGAUGGCCGUCGAGAGCCACCUGCUGCUGACCAGCGAGGCCCCCCCAGCUCCCAGCAUUCACCAUCAUGGCCACUUUGCUGGCGAAAACUUCGAUUCGCUUCACUGUGAAGCUUCUCACGGCGCUGCUGGCGACGACUCUUCUACUACCGUCUACCAAUGCAGCGGCGUACCCCAACUGUCCGCUGACCGGCAAACCACCGACGACGCCAACAAUGCCUCCCACGCGGUGUGUGGUAGCGUCGAACUUGACGUGCUGCUCCUCUUGCUCUGA